ACCGCCGCAGCCCGCAGAGUUGGACACCUCCGGCGAUGUACGGCGAGACCGAGCCCGCCGCCGCCGCCGCGGAUCGCACGGCGUUCCGGCGAGCUGAGAAGCAGUACAAGCUCUACAAGCCGCUGAAACCCAAGGGCAGAGCAAGGGGCAAGCCGGGAAGCGGCGGCGGCGGUGAGGAGGACCUGUCCGCGGUGGUCGACUUCCACGCGCUGCUCGCUUCCGCCGGCAGGGAGCUGCCCGCGGGGAUCGCGAGGCGCGACGUCGCCGGGUUCGACCGCCCUGUCUUCUGCUUCCUGGACCGGCCCGGAUUUUAUAUCAUCCCUGGUGCUCUAUCUAUUGAGGAACAAUGCUAUUGGAUUAGGGAAAGCUUGAAAACAUUUCCACAGCCUCCUAAUAGAACUAACCUGACUGCUUUGUAUGGUCCAAUUUUUGACUUACUCGCUGCUGCUGAUAAUGAGAAGAUUUUGGUUGAAGUGGAAAAUUCUGAUGGCCAAGAAAGAUCCGAGCAGAAUAUUAAUGGAACAAAAAUAAAUAGCUUCAAAUUUAUUAAAGUCACAGAGAUACAAAAGGGGGAGGGAUGCAGGUCAACUGCAGCAACUACUCUUAUUCGGAAGCUCCGAUGGAGUACCCUUGGUCUGCAAUUUGAUUGGUCAAAACGCAACUAUGAUGUAUUACUCCCGCAUAACAAGAUUCCAGAUGGCCUUUCUGCUCUUGCCAAAAAGAUGGUCGUUCCAGCCAUGCCAUCUGGAGAAGAAUUCAAGCCAGAAGCCGCCAUAGUGAACUAUUAUGGCCCAAGUGAUAUGCUUGGUGGCCACGUCGAUGACAUGGAAGCAGAUUGGACUAAACCCAUUGUAAGCAUAAGUUUGGGGUGCAAGUGCAUUUUUCUUCUGGGAGGAAAAACAAGAGAUGAAGUUCCAACAGCAAUGUUUCUGCGAAGUGGCGAUAUCGUAUUGAUGGCUGGGGAAGCACGAGAAUACUUCCAUGGUGUUCCACGAAUCUUCACAGGAAAUGGUCAGGACGAAAUAUCUGCACUGGAUUCACAGCUUUCUGGUGAAGAUGACUCUUUUAUCUUGAACUACAUUCACAACUCAAGGAUAAAUAUCAACAUCAGACAAGUUUACUGAGUCAAAUCUUUUGUUACAGUUAAGAUACUCUGUUGUAAAAUGUUGCCUUUUCUGCUGCCUUCCCAGACCAGCUCACACAGCGCAGUGCUCUAAUGAAUUGCCUCUGGAGUUGUGGAAAGAUAGGAAAGUUUUGGGCCCAUGGACAGUUUAAUCUUCGAUGUCCAAACUAACCAUAAAAAGGAUUCUGACCAUCAAAGGGUAGUUAGGGCAAGUUUGUUUGUUUGAUCAUCGAUUCCUCCGGAGCAGGUUUCCUAAUGGACUCGCCAAUGUGACCUGUCUCAAGUUCGGUUUUGUAAUUCUGGGCCUUUUGUUUUCAGAAGUUUCUCUCUCAUUUUCUCCUGCCGAUGCAAGAGACUUGCAAGUUAGUUAUGUGACUUGUUGCGUGAUGGUUCAGAAGUUGCCCAAUGGACGGUUUUACACAUGCAUGUCACUUGCAAAAUAACCUAUUUAUGCUUUGUCUCGGUGAGAUCAUGUGUCUUGAUUUGAGGCUUGAUGCCAACGGUGAAUUGAUGAUAAU